CGCGCCUCUGACCUUCCUCUCCCUUCCGUCUAUUAUUAUCUUUCCUUUAACUGGUCUCGAGUGCUCGUCGCAAGCUCGCUCCGGCUCUGGUUGGCUUGCUGUCGCGCGGAUCGGCCAGUAGAAGGACUUGACCUAUCGUGGCUUGUCCCAUAACACCACUCUCCUUCACUGCGCCUAAACAGAUAACAUCGAAUCUCCCUGCUCCCCAUAAUUACUUAACUCGUCAAUCUUACAUUCCUUCUACUCUGGCCUUCUGAUAGACAAGAUAACAUCAUGAAUACAACCACACCGAUCGACAUCGCCACUCGGCAGACCUCGGUCUCCCCGCCGGGACAGCAGGCUUCGAACCUCACAUCAGCUCUUCAAAAAGCAGGUAACACCGAGCGCACAGGCAGUAUAUCCCAUGCCAACGGUGUACCGAUCAGUAUGUUUAAGGCAUCUGCGCCUCGGAAAGACUCGAUCGGGGCGGCUUCGACACAAUGGGGAAACGGUACCAAACCUAUCUCGAUGUCCGGAUCAAACCGGAAUCAACAACGUCGUGAGUCGUUAGCAGGAAGCUUGGUGGGCGGUAUGAGCUGGGGUGGUGUCUCUGUUGGCAGCUGGAUUCGCGAUGACAUCAUCAUGGCCGGCACCUCUCCUUUCACUACUUUCCAGUCGCCUUCGUUCCAUUCGUCCUCUUAUCUGCCGAAACUCGAAGCGAACUUCAUGCGUGACUUUUCCUGCUGCGGUGUGACUCUGCCUACCCUUCAUGACUUGUUACAACACUAUGAAGAAGCGCAUGCCACGAAAUCAGGUCACCGGCCAAGCCAGACUGAUAACCGCGCUGCUCUCGCGGCUGCGGCCAUUGCACAGCAAAAUCAACAGAACAAUAACCAGAACAGAGGUUUACAGCCAGACAGGACGUUCGACAUGCAACGGAAGAUGAACCAGUCCCACACUCCCCAGCAGCAUUCCGACAUGGACACUAUUGACGAUAUGGAGUUGGAUGAUGCAAUGGACGAUACUGAUGCGUCAUCCCAGUUCUUCACGCCGCAAUCUCGGGAUCCGACUCAAGGAGGAUUUGGAACCCCGAAUCGUGGAGUGCCUAAUCUGAAUUUAUCCAUGCUCCCAAGUCACCAGGGCUUUAAGAGUUCUCAACCGGGGACUCCAGUUGCAACCGGUCUUCCACUCUCAUUGCAGAAUAACCCCACCGUUUCUUCUGUCAAUACUCCUACUCUGAUGCCGAACCCCCUUCAGAACUCACAGUUCCGCGGCACACCCGACUCCUCGACUCCAGGAACGCCUGCAGAGCUUGACGACAGCAUGAUCGGUCCAUUCGGAGAAUUGUCUAUGCAGAAUGCAAUGAUGCAGGGCCAGCCGCAAUUCUCGAGAUUUACCGGAAAUAAUGAUAUGGUGGAUCUGUGUAUCGAUGAGCCUGCCAAACGACUCUUCAGCCCCACUGGCGGAAUAAAUCAGUCUAACGCCCAUUUCAAGCUCAGUGGAGCGCAGUACGGUCCCAAUAGUGACAUUGCUAGGCGGAUACGCGAGCAGCAACUACUGGCAGGCGUUCCUGACACCACUUCUAUCCUUCCGAACGAAGAGCCUAAACCUUACCGGUGUCCAGUCAUCGGAUGUGAGAAGGCGUACAAGAAUCAGAAUGGAUUGAAAUAUCAUAAAGCUCAUGGCCACAACAACCAGCAGUUACAUGACAAUGCAGAUGGCACAUUCUCGAUCGUCAAUCCCGAAACAUCCGCUCCUUACCCAGGAACUCUCGGCAUGGAAAAAGAGAAACCAUACCGCUGCGAAGUCUGUGGCAAACGCUACAAGAACUUGAACGGCCUCAAAUAUCACAAGUCGCACUCGCCUCCUUGCAACCCUGAUUUCCAGCUUGCUGCCGCGCGUAGUCUUAACUAUGGCGGUGGAGUCAUGCAGGGACAAAACAUUAAUGUUGCCGGAGCGGGCCUACCUGGCAUUGGAGAAGAAGGUCUUUUAUAG